AUGGCGACACAAGGCCGCAAACGCCGCGCUCCCGACGGUGAUAUCGCACCCAGUCAGACCCAGCGUCUCCGCCCCGACGGCGAUGCCGUCUCAUCACCAGACAUGUCGGCCAGUGACACCGAGAAUGGCGCACCAUCUAAUCUCGACACCAUGGUGAAGAAGAUGGUGCGAUUGGCGCUGGCAAGCGAGUAUGCGCGUCUUCCCAUCCGACGGACGGACAUCAGCGCCAAAGUUCUGGGUGAACAGGGUGCGCGGCAGUUUAAGCCUGUUUUCGAAGCGGCGCAGCUUCAUUUGCGGAAUAAGUUUGGAAUGGAGAUGGUCGAGUUGCCCGCGAGAGAGAAGGUGACAAUUUCACAACGACGGGCCGCCCAAAAAUCAGAAAAACCCUCCUCCGCCAGUAGCAAAUCCUGGAUUCUCACCAGCACCCUCCCAGCGGCUUAUCGAACACCCGCCAUUCUUCCGCCAACGCACGCACCCUCAGUCAACACCGAAAGCACCUACAUGGCCAUCUACAGCUUCAUCAUUGCCGUCAUCGCAUUGAAUGGUGGGUCACUGGGUGAACAGAAACUCACCCGAUACCUGCGUCGCAUGAACGCCGACGAUUACACACCGAUUGACAAGACGGAUAAGUUACUGGCGCGACUAUGUCGAGAGAGCUAUCUCGUGCGGACGAGGGAAAUGGACGGCGGCGAAGAAGUCAUUGAGUUCAUGGUUGGGCCGCGGGGCAAGGUCGAAGUCGGUAGUGGUGGGGUGGCAGGCAUGGUGCGAGAAGUGUACGGCCACGGGCGCGGAACUGGUGCUGGAACGCACGUCGGAGCUGCAAAUGACGAUUUGACGCGGGCGGAGCAGGAAUCCCGAGCGGACUUUGAGUCGAGACUCCGGGCGAGCCUGGGAAUCACAGGUGUUCAAGAGACACAGCAGGCCGAUGAUGGGGAGGGGAGGUCGAACCAGCAGCAGCCGCCAGCAGCUACGAGAGAAAGUACUAGGGAACCUGCACAAGCAGUUCGAUCUAGCGAAGCCCCGAGACGAUCCUUGAGAAGAGCUACAACGGCACAGGAAUCGGAAGAUGAGGACGAGGAGGAAAGUGACGAGGAGGAUGGUUCGGUGAAGGGGGAAGACGAGGAGAGUGAUUGA